GGAAGAUGGGUCCGAGCUGCCGUCGCCAGCAGCAGCUGCGCCGCCCCCGCCGGCCCUAGAGACCCCGGAGCCGGAGGAGGCGGCUGAGGAGGCGCCAGCCGGGAGAAGCCCCAUGCGGAGGAGCCGGCGCGGAGGGGGCAGCCGCGGCUGCUGAGAGAGAAAAAGAGGGGCGGGAAGGAAGGAAGGAGAAGGCGGGGGGGGGGGUCUUUCGGCGAGAAAUACAAAAAAGAGCGGCGGUUCUCGGAGGAGCGCGGGGCGAUGUGCCCGGAGGAGGACGGAGGUUGCGGCGGAGAAGGGGACGGCGGCGUGUCGGCUGCUCCCGCCGCUUCGGCGGCUCCUGAGGGGACGGCGGCGGCCGCCUCCUCCUCGCCUUCUUCGACGGCGCUCCUGGGCGAGCUGCGCUCGUGGUGGGAAGUGCCGGCCAUCGCUCACUUCUGCUCGCUCUUCAGGACCGCUUUCCGGCUGCCCGACUUCGAGAUCGAGGAACUUGAAGCAGCUCUUUACAGUGAUGAUGUGGAUUUCAUCAGUGAUCUGAUUGCCUGUCUUCUUCAAGGCUGCUAUCAGCGCAGUGACAUUACAUCUCAGACAUUUCAUGGCUAUCUUGAGGAUAUCAUCAACUACCGCUGGGAGCUGGAGGAAGGAAAGCCUAACCCCUUACGAGAAUCUACUUUCCAGGAGUUGCCAUUGCGUACCCGUGUGGAGAUUCUUCACCGUCUCUGUGACUACCGACUUGAUGCUGAUGAUGUCUUUGACCUCCUCAAGGGUUUGGAUGCAGAUAGCCUCCGGGUGGAACCAUUGGGUGAGGAUAGCAAUGGUGCCCUCUACUGGUAUUUCUAUGGCACGCGAAUGUACAAAGAGGAACCAGCCAAACCAAAUGGAGAGCUGGCUGCAGAAAGGGGGUGCGGGACACAGGCAGGCGCUCCAAAUGUUCCUGGAAAAAUAGUGAAAAGACGAGGGCGACCUCCAAAACGGAAAAAAUUGUUGGAGGAGAAUCUCUUGAGAGAGAAGGCGGAAGAAAAUGCACUUAUGCAUGAGUCACAGAUGAGAAAUGGACCAGGUCGUGGAACAUGGUGGUUGCUGUGCCAGACAGAAGAGGAGUGGAAGCAGGUCACAGAAAGCUUCCGAGAGAGAACAUCUUUGAGAGAGCGACAGCUCUACAAGCUCCUGAGUGAAGACUUUCUGCCAGAAAUUUGCAACAUGAUUGCACAAAAGGAGAAACGGUUGCAGAGGAUGGAAUUUUCUCCCAGAUGGAUGUCUGAUCAUCAGCACAUCAAACCAAUGCGGCAAGAGGUAACCCCAAUGGUGCUUAGUAGAAUGGAGAAGCAGAGACGCAGAGAAGAAGAAGAGGAGCGCCAAAUCCUUCUGGCAGUUCAGAAGAAAGAGCAGGAACAAAUGCUGAAGGAAGAGAGGAAACGAGAAAUGGAGGAGAAAGUGAAGGCAGUGGAAGAACGAGCGAAGAGAAGGAAGCUCCGGGAAGAGCGGGCAUGGUUGCUGGCCCAAGGGAAGGAGCUUCCUCCAGAGCUUUCCCACCUGGAUCCCAGCUCACCUGCUAGGGAAGAGAGGAAGGCCAAGGACCUCUUUGAACUGGAUGAUGAGUUUACCGCUAUGUACAAAGUUCUAGAUGUGUUGAAAGCCCACAAGGACUCCUGGCCUUUCUUGGAGCCAGUUGAUGAAUCCUAUGCCCCAAACUACUAUCAGAUCAUUAAGUCCCCCAUGGAUAUCUCGAGCAUGGAAAAGAAACUAAAUGGAGGGCAGUACUACACCAAGGAACAGUUUGUAGGAGAUAUGAAGACCAUGUUCAGGAACUGCCUUAAAUACAAUGGUGAAAACAGUGAAUACACUAAAAUGGCUUACAACUUGGAAAGAUGUUUUCACCGGGCAAUGAUGAAGCACUUCCCUGGAGAAGAUGGGGACACGGAUGAUGAGUUCUGGAUCAGAGAAGAUGGGAAGCGGGAGAAAAGAAGUCGCCGGACUAUACGCUCUAGUGUUUGGACACGAUCCAAGGACUCUGAAGGGCUCGGCAGGAGACAACAGCAUCUGCAAAAUGGAGGAAAACUUCCACCACAUAGGGCAAAACAUCGAGUUCCCAGUUCUUCGUCUUCCUCCUUAUCUUCUUCUGUGGACGAUCCAAGUAGCAGUUCAUUGCCACCCACUGGGGAGGUGGCCUCUUCCAAUGGCCGAGGCUUCCUGCAGUCACACCACUAUGGUGGAAUGCCCAGCCAUGUAUCUCAUCCUGGGCAGAUGAGGCCAGCAGUGCCAGGACCGUUUGGCUCUCUGCAUGGGUCAGAUCCUGCAAAACCAUAUGGAUCACCACGAGUACCGGAACCACACCCUGGUGAACCAAGUCAGCAGCACCAGCACUUUGCCAUGCAGUCUACUGUUGGACUGAAUGAUCCCAGAGGACAUCGACUUCCUGCUCCAGAAAAACAGGUAUGUGCAGGACCAGUGCCUGUCUCUGCAAUGGGACCACAGCCCAGAUCCCUGCAGCUUGGUCGGAUGAGCGGCCCUCCCACGGAUGCCAGUAUGUAUUCCCCUGCACAGUUCCAGCAAGGAUUCCUUUCUCCAAGGCACAAUGGACCUCCUAUGAGACAACCAGAGACCUCAGAGCUUCCUCCCAGCCAUAUGUACAGACCGUUUAAGUACCUAAACCGAGCACAUCCUGCUGUGUGGAAUGGAAGCCACGAGGCAGCAAACCAGAUGGCCCUGGGAGUAGACAAGAAGCUUCCCAUGGGCCCACGCCACCCUUUGCCACCUCGUGCUCUGAGUCACAUGAUGGACCCCCGGGCACUGAGACCGCCCUUGCCACCCAACCAGUGGACUGAGCAAUCCAAUUUCCUACCUCAUGGAGUUCCACCCUCAGGAUAUAUCCGACAACCAGGGAAAGCCCCUGGACAGAGAAUGCAGCAGCAGCUACCAGCCUCACUGUUUGGGCCUCCCCCUCAAGUGCAGAGAGGAGGCCAGGGUGGGGAUUCCAUGAUGGACAGUCCAGAAAUGAUUGCCAUGCAGCAGCUCUCCUCCCGGGUAUGCCCACCUGGUGUGCCUUACCAUCCCCGCCAGCCUCCUCCCCCACACUUGCCUGGACCCUUCCCACAGCUGGCCCGAGUGGCGUCUACCAACGUUCAGCCUCCAAAGCCAACUUUAGGGAAUGGGAACUCUCAGGAUGCCAGUCGGACAAUAGACCCAGAGAACAACAGAGUGGACCCUCCAUCAGGAGUGGAAGAGAAAACUCAGUGUGUUGGCCUUCCAGAAGGGACAUAUCCCAAGCUGCUACCUCAUUCCAAGUCCCCUUUGCAAACAGAAUACUCCAGACCAAGCAUGACACAAGAAGGGGAUGGAAAUGAUUCUGGAACUAAAAAUGACCCAAAAGCAAUGCAGAACAAAAGCACAUGGUCAGCGGAGGGUACCUAUAUAAACCCAGAAGCCCAGGGGUGUUCGAGGGACGUUUCAACAGCAGCAGAAAGAGGGCCUGCCCCUGAAAAUGGUGCUGUAGGUGCCGAAGGGCCAUCCAGUGGAUCAGAAGGGAAACCAAUGCCUGCUAAUUUCUUGGAGAAGCCCCGUUGCACUGGAGGGAAAAAUUUGCUGGAAGCCACUGUGCCUUGCAUGGGACAGAGUACCAGUGCUCCUGCUGGUGUGGAUGGCAAUCCAGUGGGAAGCAGCGCUGCCCAAUUUGGCCCUCUCUACAUGCACAGCUUGGAGUAUCCAAAUUCAGCUACGCGUUACCACAUCAAUUCAGGACUGCAGGGGUUCAAUCCUAUGAUGGGAGGAAAGCCCCCUCCAAUGUCCCACGCUCAACAUUUUCCUCCUCGGGGCUUUCAGCCCAAUAACAGCCCCCCUGGUGUCUUCCCUCGCUAUCGUCCUCAUCAGGGAGUGCCAUAUCCUUACCAGCCUCAGCCCUCUCCUUCCUAUCACCAUUACCAGCAGCCUCCUUAUUAUGCUUGUCCACAGGGUUACUCAGAGUGGCAGAGGCCUUUCCCUCCACAGUCCAGUCCGACUGGGCAUCCGCCUACCCAGCCACCUCUGGUCAGGCCCCCUUUCUCGGACAGAGGGACCAUGGGUGGUGGCAUGCAGGGCUGCGAGGUGGUCAGUGCCACUUUGGCUUCCCCGAACCGAAUGGAUAUGGCGAGCGCCAAAGAGGUUCCAAGCAGUGGGCAAGAGCUGCCCCCCGAGGCCGAGAAACCAGAUGAGUCCCAGGAGAGGCCUGAGAGUCCCAAAGAGUUUCUUGAUUUGGACAACCAUAACGCGGCUGCCAAGAGGCAGAGAACUGUGGCAACAGGAGAGUAUCUCUAUGGCUCUCCCCCUCCGCCCAUGAGGUCCGGGAUUGGAUUUGGGCCAUCUGCUUUCCCACCUCAUGGUGUCAUGUUGCAGGCAGGUUCUCCUUAUGCAUCACGGCAUCCAGCCAAUCACUUCCAGUCUAGGGCUUAUGGACCACCAGUGAAUGCUCACUUGUCAAACCAUCCGGUUGCCAAUCAAGUAAAUGGUCUUGCUCAUGAAGGACCCCUGUACCGUUGCCAAGAAGAAAACGUGGGACACUUCCAGGCCUUAAUGAUGGAGCAGACGGGACGUGGAAGUGGCAUGGGAGGACUGUCCCCCGAUAUGUAUAGACCAUCAGGAAUGCACAUGCACCAACCCCAAGCCCCAUUCCCAAAGGUGCCUCCAGCAACGCUACCCCGAGAAGAACUGCUGCCACAGAAACCGUCAGCAUUGCCACUGGAUCAAAGCUAGGCCAAGGAAGGAAGAAUUCCAAGGAGACAAGAGCCACACGCAACUAGAUAAGGGCAACGAGGGGCAUCCUUCCUACCCUCACUUUCUUCCACAGCAGCAUGUAGCUUCAAAAGUCUGGUGGAUGACGGAGCUUCAGUGGUUCCCUGUUACCAUGGAAUUGUCCUGGGUCUGAGGCAUCCGUGGCUAUCCACAAUGACCACAGAGAGAGCAUCUCAAAUGAGUGACUUGUUUCUGACCAGAGACUUCGGUUUCAUUCAGAGUUUUAAAGAGGCUUUGUUUGAGGGACUUGAAACUUUCAUAAACUGCUAAAACUCAGGUAUAUUUUUCAGGGUGAAAAAAAAACCAGGAGACUAUGGAUAGUACUUGUAUUACUAUGUAUGUUUGGAAUGGAAUCCAGUUUACAGAAUUUUUUUAACCUGUUGCCUUUUUUAAAAAAGAAAAAAAAAUAACUUUUUGUUGGUUGAAUGUAUUGUACAUUAUUGGGGGAGGGGGAGGCCCAGAAUGUAGCAAGCAUAGCACUGGGAUGAUCCUGAACUGUUUACAAUCAUGGCGCACUGAAAUUAUUCGAGAGAGUGAGUGGUGGGGGGGGGGGGAACAGUGGAGGCUCUCUGAGACUUCUUAAAAUCUGCACCACCUUUUGUAGUCUGAGACGCUGUCUGGUAACUCAUCACAGGAAUUGCUCAGGAAAUAUCAUGAUGCUUCCCUCUCCUGCUCAUAUGUAGUAUGCACUGUCAUUUCCUGCCAGCAUAGGAACACAGAAAUCAGAAGUUUCCAGGAACCCUGCAGGACUGUACCAGGUUGACUGGAGCAAUUGGUAUGUCUGUUUCAGAGUUUUAGUAUGCAAUUCCUUCUUUUUUCCCCACCCCACGUACCUUUUUUUUUAAAAAAACUGAAUCCAGUACAGCUUGGGACAGGAGAAUUUCUCACAGAAUCCCAACUACUAUCAAAUCAGCAUAAGGCAAAAAGCAAUAUGCAUGUUAAGCUCAUUGGUCUUAGUGUAACUUGUCUCUUGUGUUCCUAUGAAAGUAAGGCAAACAUGGCUGAAGUUUAGGGAGAAGGGUUAUAUCUGGGGUGGUAGGGUAAAGAAAUGCUUUCGGAGCAGGGAACAACAUUUCAUCCCACCAACGAAGAAGCAAGUUUGUUAAGAAAGAGGAAAAGGAAAA